AUGUCCUCGGAGAGCAUAGAGAAAGAGACAAAAUCGCCAGAAACCACUACACCCACAACGUUCUCUCUGAAUACAAUUCUCAACAACGACAGCGAGAACCUUGAGCACCCGGACUUUAAGGACAAACCGGAGGGAGGUUGGGACGAGGAAGCGGGUGCAGGUGCAGCCAAGGGGUUCUGUGUAGAGUGUGAAGAUCAACCCGCUCAGUUGCACUGCGAGAACUGCAGUGAUGACUUCUGUGAAGUCUGCUACGCCUCGCAACACCGAAAAGGCUCUCGCAAAAACCACAAGACCAAGCCCUUGACGGGCUCUGCCGGGAAUCCAGAGAACGGAAAAGCUUCUACCGAGCAGCGCGACAAUGGGGUCUCUAUGGAUGUAGACGACGAAGGCGCAGUUGACUCCGAUGACGAACUCGAACAGCUGGUUAGUGAACAGACAGACCAGCCGAUUGUUCCCGAAACACAACCUACGGCCGGCGACUCCGUCGGUGAAUGGUUUGUCGAGCGGGCGAAGUACAUUCCAGUUCGUCUUACUCUGGGCGAGCGCAAGUACCUCCGACUGCUCGAAGCCGCGCUCAACGUGUCUGAGUAUACGGACAAAAUCGACACCGUUGGCUUCGGUCUGUCCAGAGCAAAGCGGAUCGUUCAUCAAAUCCGGGAACUUUGUGCAAUCAUGUCCGGUCUUGUCCUUGCUGCCGAUUACAAGCAAGGGCAGGAACUAUUUUCGGACAGAGAUUUCGCUGCCAACGAAGAUUUUUACCAGCAGAUCUUCGAGUUGGGCCGCCGCCACAAAAUAAUGAACCCUGACAAGAUGCGUUCGACCUACGGGAAACUUAUUUAUUUGGUUCAGGAUAGUCAAACAUCGGAAGUUAAGGACAUGCUUGGUUUCUCUUGUGUUCGUCCUAUCAAGACAGUACACACCGUCCUCGAGCAGCAUGGUGCACUAGAUCUUCUCCGCGAAGAUCUUGUUGCCGUUGCCACCAAGGAAAUUUACUCGGAAGGUCGGACGAGGCGAGAUGUUCAGAAAGACAUCAGAAACAAGGAGCAUGCUAUCGAGACACUGGCCGCAAAGUAUGAACACAAGGACCUAAGCCAGGAGCAAGUUAGGCAAUGCCUGUACAGUAUCGGCGACAACCAUGCCUUCCUGCGUACGAACCGCGACCCAUGCGACCGUAUGAUCAUGUACCUCAAACAAUACUACCACCCGACGCAGGCGAAGGACAGCAAGAGCAGUCUUGCGAUCAGGAGCGGAAAGGGUGGCGCUCGUCUUAGCCAUGACCACGCAAAGCAAUACGCAUACGUCUUGCAAAGCCUGACUCUGUGGCGCGAGAUCCUGCACGACAUGUUUCAUCUAUGGUACUUGGCGGAAUCGGACCUUCUGUCAGAAAACAUCCCCUACCGUCUGCGCGACACUGGCCAAGGCCUUAACCGUGUGCAGGCUGCGCCCAAGACGUCUCGCAUGAUGCAUGCAAUAUUGAACCGCGCGCAAAGGAGCAUCGGCUCGUGGGUUGGCUCUUCUGUCAUUCACAUGGGCGAUCACAACGUGCCCAAUGCGCUCAUGUUUAUCGACAAGUACUCGCAGGUGUAUCGCAUCCUCCUGCCUAUCUGCAACACUGUUUCGAAGAUUCCAGAGCUGAUGGAAAAGCCGGCGUUGCGCUCAUACAUCGAAGACGAGUUUGGUUCUGCAGAUGGCUGUAUCCGAGAGAUCCUUGGCGACUUUUUCCGCCACGGCUUUGACGGUUCUGGUGCAGAUAACUUCUUCGACGCUGGCUCGUGUAUAGAUGGCCGGCUCACUUCUGCAUGGAACUGGUGUUCGUCGUUGGAGAAGAAGAGAUAUUUCCCUAUCUUCCUCUUGACUGGCUUCAUUGGUUUUGAUGGGGAGUGGUAA